AGAUAAAAUAAAAAGAGGAAUUAAGUGGAAAUGAUGCGGAGAACAAGAUAGCGGGAAAGUGAAGGAAGACUGAGGUUUGAUGGAAGCGAUCUGUUGCGGAAAUAUGAAGGCGGAGACGGCAUCGGUGGCGUCACGGCGGAGAGGAAGGAGGAACGGAUCGCUUCUGCUGGCGUCGGAACUUGCGGCGUCCGAUGCGGCGGAAAGGGCGGCCGCGUACGGCCGGAUUUCCCGGUCGCGGAGCUGCGGCCGACAUGACAAGAUCGGGGAGAUGAAGAAGAACAGGGCGUUGACCUUCCUGAUGGAAGUCUUCUCCCGUAAUUACAUGGGAUGCGGCGGCGGCGGAUCCACCGGAGUGGAGACGGCAGACGAUGCGGUGGUGCGGCAGAAGAAGGCGAAGAAGGAAAAAGGGCCGCCGUCGUCUUGGCUCCCGGAUCCCCACCGGAGAUGGCCUGUUCAAGGAUGGUGAGUUUUUUGAACUCUGAUUCAUUUAUUAAUUGUU